CUCAAAGCUUGCUCUUGAAAGGUUAUUUAUUCAUCCAUCUAUGCUUCUCUCUCUUAAUUAAUCACAUUGAAGUUAUUUGGUAUGGAAUGAUGUGAUAGCAAUAAUGCGACAAGAGUUAAGAAGGAGAUUUAGGUCCCUGAGCAUGUAUGGCAUGGGCACCAUAAGGAAAAACAUCUUCUUGGUCGUGGGAAUCCUGGUCGUGUUGGUUCUCCUCGACCAGCUCUACCUUCACGUCUGGUUGUCGACGCCUCAUACUGAAUUCCAGAGGUCUCUCCACGUGGACGAUGUGCGGCAGUUGUUGCGUGCCGGAGAGGAUGCCUCGCUGACGACCAUUUUGUUUGACCCGUUCAUUCUACAUGCUUGGAACUCAAACCAGCAUGUGUCUGCGACAGGAGUGUGUAUUUUCCUGUGCCAUGUCAUUGGGCCGUUGACUUUUGCCGUCACACAUGGGCAGCUUAGGGACAAGCCAGCCUUUCUUACAAGGUUGGCCCAGCUGGGGUUUACAGUCACUCUCUUCGAAAACCCUGAAGGAGAGCACUCGCAUGUGUUUUUGGUGCGUAAAGGAUCGCCCCUACACCUUGUCGUCCUGCACACUAAGUCAGCUGGUUACCUGCGACAGUAUGCCCUGAGUGGACCUCCUCACAACAUGGCCCAAGUAAAACAGUACAUAACCAAAGACACUUGGGAAAAUAUGAAGGUUGAUCGGGCUUAUGAACGCUUCAGUACAAAGGAUGCAAAAAUUGAUGAAGUUGACUUAACAGUUCCGAGUGAUAUUGGAGCAUUUGUCAGCGACCACAAAACCUCACAUUUCAUCCCAUGUAAUGAAUCAAGAGCAACAUUCUACAACUUAAAGCAUAUGAAGGAAGAAACACCUGCUGAAGUUAGAUUUAAACAUAAAGCUUGGAAAUUGCUGGCCAAAGCUAAAACACUGAUGGAUCAGUUGAAAAUUCCUUUUUGGCUCAGCAGUGGGACUUGCCUUGGAUUUUAUCGACAGUGUGACAUCAUACCUUGGGCGAUGGAUGUUGACAUUGGUGUGUUCAUCGAGGACUAUAACCCAAGACUCAUUGAAGAAUUUCAGAGGAGAGGAUUGAGAUUAACACACAAGUUUGGCAAAGUGUCUGACAGCUUUGAACUCUCUUUCAAAGAGGAAGACAUUAAAUUGGACAUAUUUUUCUUCUAUACUGAAGGAGCCACUAUGUGGAAUGGAGGAACACAGGCCAAAACAGGGAAGAAAUUCAAAUAUAUCUUCCCAGCUUUUACUUUAUGCUGGACAGAAUUCUUAGAUCUAAAAGUGCGCAUUCCAUGCCAGACGGAAGAAUAUAUACGAGCAAAUUAUGGGCCAUCUUGGUUUACUCCCAUCAAGCAUUGGGACUGGAAGAGCAGUCCGCCCAAUGUCAGAGAAAACGGGAUGUGGCCCGAAUCCAUGUGGUCAGAGGUUAUUGUGGUUAAUGAAGGUUGAAGACAGUAGGGUGCUGUCACUGUUCAAUGCUGUUUGAUUAUAAUCAUGUAUGGAAAGAAUACAUAGUUUUAAAUUAAGAUCUCAGAGUCAAAUAACACAUAGUUGAUGCAUGAUUUGAAUCUGAAAUUUAAAAGUUUGUUCAUUGUUACAAAUGGUUGUAUACCAUAUUCUCCUGUAAGUUAGUUAGAGGUUACUGAUCAGAAAAUCUAAGAAAAGGCAAUUAUUGGUUGAUUUUUCUUUUCUAUUUUGAUGUUCAGGUUGUAAAAGAAAUGGUAUUAAUUUUGCUCCUCUGAGAGGAAAUUUUAAGAUAUUACAUUGCUACUUGAUGUAAAAAACAGACUAAGUGGCUAAAGAUGUUUAUUGUUAUAGUAUGGUAAAUUAUUUAUUAAUAAGGUUAUCAUUGAUAUUACAUUGUAUAUUUUUACUCAUUUUAUUUACCUAUUUUUUUAUUGAGGAGUAUAUUUGUUUAAAAACAAGUUCAAUUUAAUAGAGAAUUGAUUAGUUCUAUUUUCAGUAGAGCCUAAUCAGUGCAUUUUAUUUUGAAUUUGUACGACCCAACUCAAAAUAGUGGUGCUAUUAACAGACAUGGCCAUAAAUUCUUUUAGGUUGUAUGCAUGAGGAGCCAAUAUAACAAUUUGCCUCAUUUAGAUCAUAUAUAUGAAGUUAAUUAUAAAUGUUAUUAUUGAUGCUAGCAAUGAAGAUUAUAGUACAAUAACAAAGAUGCUCCUUUUGUACAGCAAUAACAAUGGUGUGAAUAGAUAUUGACAAAGAUAUGGUAAUUAAGUUUAGAAUAUGGAUCUCAAGUUGAUAAUGCUUAGAUUGUGAUGAAUAAAGUUCAUAUGUAUUAGAAUGAAAACUAUGACCAGUCGUAAUCUCUUAAGUGAUUUGUGGGUAUAUAUACACUUUUUCCUUCUUUUUUAUUGUUUGCAAAAUCAGUCAGUGGGACGUACUUCAUGGUGUCGCAAUCAUGAGAAUCUGUUCCAGAUUUCAAGGUUGCAUGUUGACUUUCAGUAUAGUGAUACUCUGGUCUAGUCACAAAUUUAGACAUGAAUUGAAAAUAAAAGUUCAUUAGUGUGAAUCUUAA